GCUCAUAAUCGAGUGAAUAGUCUUGUUUUUCUCAGCGACUUUAUUCGGAUUUUCCACUCACCAAGGUGCCUCUGUUCAGGAUUAACUGUUUAUGUAUAUUAUUUAUGUCCUUUGGUAAUUUUGAGGUCAGACCCUUUUAUAAUAGAUCGUUAUUGAAAUGUGCUUUUAAUGUCUGUUUAAUAAACCAAUAUAGAGGUUUUUAACGGUAAAUAUGUAAAACUCAGUGUAUAAGAAAGGUGGUAUUGGUGGAAUGUAGACUCAUACGGUGUAAGGAUUAGGAUUUCAAGAUAUUAUUUUGUACCGUUUUCUAGUCAGAGGAAUGGAUAUAACUAAAGAAUUGCUCUAUGGUUUCAUUUUCUUAAUCAUUUUGAUCAUUUCACAUGUUGAAGGAUGUGGAUCUUUCAUAUCCCUCACUACGUCAUCAAUUGGAAGUCUGUCAUCACCAAAUUAUCCUGAUCCCUACCCUAAUAAUACCAGAUGUAUCUGGAUCAUGGAGGCACCGAGUAUGUACCAAAUAGAUAUUGAUAUUACAUUCGGUGGUCAGAGUGUUAACUCAAUUUGUUUAGAUUUUAUUCAGGUUCGAGAUGGUAGUGUAAUAUCCAAUCUACACGUUUCAACAUGUUCAUUUUUAUCUUCUCACCGUGUGAGAUCAUCCGGGAGAUGGUUGUGGAUAUUAUUUCAAAGUGAUAACGGGGGCGCAGGAGCUGGACUCUUUGCUAACUAUACAACCGUUUAUGCAGGUUCUGUUAUCAAUAAUAUUACUUCACCACUUACAGAAUGUAAAUCUUACGAACUGAGCUGUACCAAUAAAGAAUGUGUAUCGGCAUCCUAUUUAUGUGAUGGUUUCAACGAUUGUGGAUGUGAUGAUGCAGAUUGUGAUGAGGGUCAUUGUAAAGGAUUAGAUAUGACUUUAGGAAUAAUGUAUGUAAUAGGCAGUGUUUUAGGAAUAGUUGUAUUUAUUGGAAUCUGUAUGGGGGCCUAUAUCUUUGAAAGAGUUUUUCAUUGGUCACACAUUAAAAAAACGACAGAGAAAAAAGAGGAUAAGCGAGGUCGCUUAGAAAAAUGUUGUUCAUUGAAAUGAAUUCGACUGUAAUAUGUGUUACUGCUCAGUCUGAAGACUUGGGGUCGUAUUCGUCGUUGAAAGUUGAAAAUGUUUCAUAAUUAAAGAUAACUUCUCUUGUAAAGAGUGAACAAAAAGAUUUAAAUUCUGAUUGGAAAUGAUGCUCUUUUAAAAUGCAGGAACUUGCAGGAACCUUCAGAAAUGACUCGAAGCGAAACAUUAAGAUAUUAUUAAGCAUUUUAAUCAGAUUGAAUGCACAUCAGGAUUUUUCAACGGGACGAAAUAUAUGCAGACAUCCACCUUUAAGAAUAAUGUCGAUGUACAUUGAAAUAAGAUUUCUGUGGGAAUCCCGCUUUAAGAGAGUUUGUGAUUUAUAUCCGAAUGCUAUAACAUACUGGGUUGUGAACUUGAAUAAUGAAAGUAGAGGACGGGAUGCCUUUAAAGUGCCUUGGUCACAAUAUAAGCUUAUAGUUUUAACUUUUGACACUACAUGACUAAUUUUUUAAAUGUAGCCUAUUUAUUGUUAUAUUUUUUAAUGGAAAUAAACUCUGUAAUUUU